GUGUGGUGGUGGUGACUGUAGACUGUAGUGUUGUUGUAAACGGAGUCUGUCUGGAAGAUGAUUUUCUGAAUUAAUUGAUCUGUUUUGACUGUCAGUGACAUGUUUUCUUUGACUUCUUUUGAGUAACUUACGCUGAUGAAGAUACAUCUCCAUCCUCUACAUUCUAGUGCUCGAAACCGGCAAUGACAGAACGAGGAGCUUCUGCUAACCAGUUGGUUUGCAGACCAUGUUUUGAAUUUCAGUCAUUCGUGCGACGUAUUGAAAACAACGGAAUUUAUGUCACAGAUUUGCCUCCCUAUGUGGAAGAACAAUAUGUUUAUAACUUCUUUAGUCAAUUUGGCCGGAUUGCAGACUUUUAUCUUGCAGAUAAUGGUUUGUAUUGCCUGGUCAACUUUUAUGACAAUCAAUCUCUACAACAUGUACUCAGUUAUCCUGUUUCUAUGUAUGACAUGAGACUAAGAAUAAAAAAACGUCGUCAAAACAAUAAUCCAAAUGCUGAGAAUGAUUUGCCAUCAUAUCACAAGGAACUUCUCAAUUUACUCUCUAAGAAAAACACUUUCAAAGAGCAGGCUGAAGAAUUCUUCAAAUUAUUAGCAGCAGAUGAGAGUGAUUUUAAUAGUCGUCGUCAAGUCUGUAGAGAUUUAGAAUAUGCCUUGAAAAGCCUUUCCUCAUUAUACAAGAUUCAGCCUUUUGGCUCCAGCGUCAAUGGCUUAGCUUUUAAGGACUCUGAUUUGGAUAUUUUCUUUGGAAAAGAGCCUGAUACUAAUGGCCCAGAUAUCAGUAAUUUGUUAAACAAAGUUACAAAACUUCUUUCAAGGGACCCUCACUUUAUUUCUGUGCAGCCUGUACCAAAUGCAAGAGUGCCAAUUGUAAAACUGGUUCACAAAGCAACUGGAUGUAGCUGUGAUCUUUCUUUUAAGAAUACUAUGGGAGUGCAAAACAGUAAAUUGAUAAAAUUCUUGACUACCCUAGAUGAAAGAAUAAAGCCCCUUUUUAUGAUAGUGAAAUUUUGGGCCAAACUUCAUCAUUUGACUGGAAAGCGUUUCUCAAAUUAUGCUUUAAUAAUGCUCCUUACAAACUUUCUUCAGUCACUAAAUGAACCAAUUCUCCCACCCUUACGAGUGCUCAAAAGCAAUGAUGCUGAGAGAAUUAAAAUAGCAGAUUGGACUGUUAAUUUUGAUUAUGAUGGUACAAGGGUAAGGCCCACAAGCAACGUCCUGCCUGUCGAGGAACUGUUGACUCGUUUCUUCCAAUGUUUAGUUAAAACUGAUUUUGAAAACUAUGUGGUGAGCCCAUUAGAAGGUGCUCUUAUUCAUAAGGGACAUUUCCAUCAUAUGGAGUUACCAUCAGAUAUGGAAGAUUAUGUUUCUUAUGUUAACAGAGGAAAUCAAACUAUCAAGCUUGAUUCAGCCAUUUGCAUUCAGGAUCCCAUUGAAUUAAAUUUAAAUCUGACAAAAAAUGUCUCAAAACAUGACUUUCAAUCGUUUAAAGAGCACUGCCAUGUUGCAGUGCAGAUAAGCUACAGGGAGCCACCUCAUUUAUUUUUACCUAAGCUGCUAUCAAAUGUUUACCUGUACCCAAGCCAAGAUGGCAGAAAAUCAUGGCACAUAAAUCCCAUGCACGUGCCUCUGAAACCGUUGCGACCAUUUAUGACGCUAAGUGUUCCCUUCCCAGAGACUGAAGAAGUAAAACUUUUGUGGAGAAAUGAGUUGGUACAAAAGCUUAAACUUAUUUUGAAAAAAGUUCUGAAGAUUGAUGUUGAACAUCAGAUGAACAAAGAGUCGAAACCUGGUGCUGAUCAGAAUCUCAUCUGUAAAGGGUCGCAAGUUCUGUGGAGAGGGAGGGAUGAGUUGUGGAAUCGAUGGUAUCUGAAAAAAAAUGAUAUUUUAAAAUGUGACAAUCGCAAUGAAGAGGAAGUGCAGGUGGUGUUUCAAGGUGGUCAGAAUGCUCAAGGUGGCCAGAAUGCUCAAGGUGGUCAGAAUGCCCAAGGUGGUCAGAAUGCUCAAGGUAGCUCAAGGAAAAGGAAAAGUAAUGAAGAGGUCGCAGAAUCUAAAAAAGUGAAACUUGAUCAACCCCAUGAUCUAGAAGAAGAUAUCAUUAUUAUUGAAUCACCAGAAACAGACAGUCCUCACGAACAAACAGCCAAGAAUACCUCAUUAAUAAGAAGUCUUCAGGAAGAAAUCAACUUAACAAAUGAUAUGGUGAGGAGAAAGCAUGCAUUACCAGCUUCACUGCCCAUCUUGCGUUUCUCAUGCAAUGUUUGCAUGGACAGUCAUGGUGCAAGAAUUGAAAUAUCUGAUGUGAGAUCUCUGAACAAUUACUUCAACUCUCUGUGUUCUUUUCUUCAAAACUUCAUUGUGCGACACACCACUCAAGUUGGUAGUGAAUAAGUUGUGAAGUUUGUAUCUCAAAAUUUGUUGAUGAAUAUCAUCUAAAGAAAAUAAACUGCAUGUUUUAUGUCAUAUAGAAUUAAGGAACUAUUUAGCUUGAACUGUGAGUAUCAGUAUUAUAGUAUUAUGUAUUAUAUGCUGAACUGAUUGUGCCAUAACACACUUCUAGUAGCUGAACAGCUGCAGUCUGCAAACCAGACAAUCCUAGACAAAGUUCCCACUCUUAUUUAAGAUGAAUGUUAACUGCAGUGUAGAGUGGCGUAGUGCUCGUUUGGGUUAAUACUCUUGGUUUACUUGUCCAUUGGUUUCAUAACACAAUGGACCGUCUCUGGUAUGUUCAUAAAAAUAUAUUUUAUUUACAUAAUAUAAAUUUGUUAUCACAAAAUAUGUAACAUUAAAAAUAUCAUUGAUCAAUUAAAAAUUUGAGGAAAAGAGAAAGAAAAAA